CGGUCAUUUCCUCCCCUGCAGCUUUGGACUUCAGUCAGGAGCUUUAUCUCUCCUAUUCUAAGCAAAAAUAAUUAAGGCCAACUGAUUAUUGAGACACCCUCCCCCACUCCCAAAAAAAGUAAGACACUUUAUUUCAGUAACUGCUUCUCCUCCCUGAAGCAGUAAAAAGCUGGCUUUCACCGGCACCCUCCCCUUUGAUAUGGGGUCAGCAGAAGGGUGUUUUGUCUUCAGCUAGUCGGAAACCCCCUGUCUUCAGUGUAUUCUGCCUACCAGGAUAGGGCACUGUGGAUUUUGGUUUUGAAGCUCGUCCAGAGUCACUCAAGAGAGACAAAGCCACCAUUCUACUGUGUGCUACCCAACACCCACCAGCAAACUUCAGAAGACAAAGAGGGAUAUCAGAUGGCUUCAGGGAGUGACUGGUGAAUGGUUUGAAGAAAUUCAAAGAAAAAAGUUUUGCAAUGAAACAGAUGUUAGCCAAAUGUUAAAACAACCACUUACAUACAGGCUAAGGAAGGAGAUGGCAAAAAAUGAUCCAAUAGAAUUACCUACAUCAAGAUCUAAAAAUGUAACUAAUCAAAAAAAGCCAACACGUUUUUCUUCCCGGAUGAGCUUCAGAUCGUCAUUUGCUUCCCUGUUCUCAUUCAGGAAAUCUGGAAAGGAGACUUCAAAGCUUCCAUCGCUGGGACAGAAAGGAUGCGACGGCCAUGCAGGACCUCCUGUGCCUGUAAGGGGAGCUGCUGUGCAGGCAAAAAUAUACAAUUCACCUCUGGAAAAUCAACUAGUUGACAGUGCAUUUGUCCCAAAGCCAGCAGUCAUGAGGGAGGAGAGUGGCAUGCCUCCACCGUGGGACGCUUCACUGCUGGAGAAUGAGUUUUUCCAAGUUUUAGAUGACUUGGAUAGCAAAUUGGCUCAGGAACAGUCUGCAAGCUCAGUGAAUACCAGAACACCCCUCAACUAUGGAUCAAGAACACAGUUCAGUCACUUUUAUUCCAAUGGUAACAGACAUGGUAAUAUCACAGAAAGGCACAAAAAACUCUGUAAUGAAACUUCCAAUAUGUCUAUCUAUGACAUCCUAAGACCAGGAACUCAUAGGGAAGGUUUUAAAACCUUUUCUCCUAGGACAAGGACAAUUUAUGAUAUGUAUAGGACAAGGGAGCCCAGAGUCUUUAAGGAAGAUUAUGUGCAAAAGAAUACUUUUGGCAGUACUUCGCUGUGUUUUGACAGCAGGCAACGGUCAGCCUUACCAGCCACAGGGCAUUUCACAGCAAGAAGCUUACAUUUUCCAGCCAGAACUCAGAGCAAGAGUGGGUUUAUACCACCAAGGCACCAGCAGAGUCCAAAGAGAACUCCUUUAUCAUCCAUCAUAUGGAACAGAUCAGAUUCCUCUAGAGACAGGGAGAACCAGGAAGAGUUCCUGAGGGCACCAUCACCAAUGGAAAUUGACCCUGCCGACAAGUAUGUGUAUCCCAGGGGUUUUCAGGAGAAUAAGAGAUAUGAAUCAUACCAUUCACAGAAUGUUUACCAACAUGUUAGUUUAAAUGCUCCCAUGGAGAAUGCAAUGAGUCCUGACACUUUUGAGAACUCAGAGAACAUGCCAUUCUACCAUCAAAGCAACACAUUUGCUAGAUCUUUCUUCAGCAAUACCUUUGGACGAAGCGGAGAACAGGGGAGAUUUGGACAAGGUCCUUUUUGGGGCCAAGAGAAAGGACAUUCUUUCUGGUCUGACUUUCAUCGAAGCAGGAAAUCAUUCAGUUCUUCUGACAGAGACUUUGAAAUGAUUUCCGUGGAAGCAAAUAGUGUAUCAGCCAUUCACAGCCAUAAUGUUUCUUCUGAACACUGGGAAUCAUUUUCUUCUGGUUAUGGAACAGAUGUUUCCAGAGGCCAAGAAGAGCCACAUCCCUGGCAGACAUCCACAAUGGAUAGCAUGGCGGUAUCACACGGUAAUGAGACCCAGCUGACUCCUCAUUUUGGCACACCAAAUGUUUGCUCCAUGACAGGUUCAAGCUAUUACGUCAAAUCCAGUGAGUUGGUAAGUCAACAGGACAGUUCUCCUAGAGAAGUACAUAUAAACAAAGAAGCUUCCUCACUUGGAAUUGCUCAGACUCUAGCAUCCUCAUUCAAAACUUCCUUUUCCCAGAUUUCUGAUGACAGAAGGAGUCCUCAGAGUCCCAACUUGCAGAAUCCCACAGUCACUUUGAAGAAAAUUUUUCCAAAUAAGCCUGCCUCUCAUCCAAUGAGAAGCGAUACAGAAGUCACUGUGACCAACAGCAAUUCAAUUGACUCUCUGCCUCUUGCCAAAAGCCAGCCCAAUAUCUUGGUCACAGAAGUGAAUAAUGAGAAAGACUUAAAUAAAUCUAUUUCAGAAGAAGACAAACAGCUAAGCAAGAUGGACCAGACAAACAAGGCAGGUGAAAUACCCCAACCUGUUUCACAGACAGGGAUCUCAAACUCUCUACCUGAUUUUCAAAAUCCCUUAUCCCAGGACUCAGCAAAGAGCAACGGGUUUGGUUUUAAUGCAUCUACCACAAUAAGUUCAAAAAAGUCACUGAGAGUCUUUUCCAGGAAAGAUACCUCCAAAAUGUAUAUACCGCACAAAGAUAAAUCCAAUGAUAUUAAACAAGACAAGAGGUUUACUGAAAACAGAAAACUUGGCUCAACGGCUUCCCUUCCUUUCAUUCAGGAACACAGAACACCACCAUCUUUCCCCAGGACAGACCAAGGUUGUCACCAGGAAUUAACUGUAAGUAAUGAAGAUAUUUCAAGAAUUAUUACAAAUAACCACUGGAGCUCUGCACCGACUGAUACUCAAAAUGCACAAUCUCCAGAAAAGCCUGUUAUUUUAGAUACUGAGGGAGAGCAAUGUGCUACAAUUCAUUCUACCAACUGUGGCAAGUUGACUCCUGGCCACAAGACCUCGUGUGAUUCUUUAGAUCUGUCAUCAGCUGCACUACCAGAUUCCUCACCAUCAAAGAAUUCUUCCCUUGCUGCUCCUGUGGUUCCAUCUACGACAGUGUUCUCCAGAAGUCCUUCAGACAAAGAUCCAUUGCUAGGAGAAAGAGAAGAAAAAGACAAUGCUGGGAAGAACCAAAAGAAUCAGUUUAUUGUAAGCCAUUCAGAAAACCAAGAGAGAAAUGAUAGUCAUGUGCCUACACAUGAUGAAGUGGUUAAUGUCAAAUGCCAUCCACACUCUCCUUUUAGGAAUGAAAGAGGAAAAGGAAAAAUAAGGCAUCGUAUAUCCUGUAUUGAAAAGUUAAGCAAAACAGAAAGUAUAUCAGUACCCACCAGUGAUCACAGGAGCCUCAUUGAAGCAAAUCAAAGCAAUUCCAAAGUUUCUGAGCUUGACACAAUUUAUUGUACUUUGCCAAGAAAAUCAAGCAGUUUUCUCAUACAUGGCAGGCAGUCAGGAAGUAAAAUAAUGGCUGCUUCAUUGAGGAAUGUGCCACCUCCCUUCCAAAUAAAAAAUAAUGUGGAAGAUGCAAUGGGGAACUACACAUUAAACAAAUUUAGUCCCAGUUCUCCUGAGUCAGUGAAUGAAUGUUCCAAAGUCGUUUCAGACUCAGCCCUGGGAGCACCUGAAGCCACAGAGAGAAUGACAAAUGUAAAAAGCAGUGGAUCUACUUCCGUUAGAAAAGGGCCACUUCCAUUCCUCAUCAACAGGGCUAUGUCAUGUCCCUCAGGGGAGCCACAUGCCUCAACUGGAAGAGAAGGAAGAAAAAAGCCAUUGACCGCAGGCACGGAUGCUUCUGAGCUAACACCAAGGGCUUGGGAGAGAAUCAUUAGCCCUGUGGAAAAUGACUCAUCUGUUAGAGAUUGUUCUUUAACCAAAAGACAACACCAAAAGGAAAACUUCCAAGAAUACACUGAGAAAGAAGGUAAAACGGCUGCCUCCAGGAGAAGUGUAUUUGCUCUUUCAAAUGAAGACCCUUUACCUUUUUGCUCAGACUUGUCAGGAAAAGAACGUGGGAAAACAUUACAUAAGGUUAAGACGACUAGUACGUUUUCUGUUUCUGGUGAUGAAGAUAAUGUAAAAUGUCUGGAGGUGGUCUCAGUAUAUUACACUCUACCGAGGAAACCCAGCAAAAAAUUCUGUAACCUCCUUCAACAGUAUGCACAAAAUACUAAUUUACUUAUAGAAUCAACUCAAGUGGAGACUGAAACAUUUCCUAAUGCUUUAGAAAAAGACAAACAGAAUUAUUCUACACGAGAACAGUCAGGAACACCUUCAUGUGAAAAUCUAAAGAUGUCCAUCAACUCUGAUCAGACACUCACCACUGAAAAUAUGACUGCCUUCCAAUUAUCAAAUAGGGGGCCCCUAGCACGUACAUUACAGGAAAUGGCUUCAGUUGAGGCAGCUGUUUCUCUUCCUGAAGAGGAAUCUAAAGCUAGAGAGAUUUUUUCAGAUAAUUUAGCUAAAACACCUCUAGGUGAUUCAGAAAACAAGAAGGAAAGAGGCAAAAAGUUGCAAAGUGAAACGCUGCAUACUUUAUUGAUGCUUCAGAGAAAAAAUGUAUCCAAAGAAAAAUCUGAAAAUUGUCAACGAUCCAUUAAUUCAAGUAACAGUGGUCCCUCUAGUCUUCCAACUCUUUCAGAAGUUAAUAUUGGAAAUUCCCAAACCAGAAGAAGUUCUUGGGAGUGUACAGGGAGUGGUAGAGCCAUUCCAUUUACUGGAAGUGGGAAUUGUCCUCAGAAAGAUCACACAUCCACAGCUGUAGGUGAUGGCUCCAGUGGAUCACCGCCUAGGGAAGGCAGAGGGGACAUUGGAACCAACUGCCAAAAAAUGACUAAUAAAACACUUUCUCACUCAGAGAGUCAAGUCUUUGCCCUUACUCCAGCAUUGCAUAAACUACAGCUUGGUGAGGAGACUCAGUCAGAUGAACCAAACUUCGAGAGUCUGCAGUCUGAACAGAGAGAAUUACCUCAAAGAAGUCAGGAGGCAAAUAUGACAGAAAGCAGGAAGGCUGACGAUGAAAUGCAGAAGUCACCUUGGGAUCAACCUUCACUUCCUGAAGGAAACAAAAAUAAAACCAACUUGGAUGACCUAGUAAAGGGGGAAAAUAGAUCUUCAGUUAAACACAGAUUGGCAGCCAUGUCUAAAGCAAGCAGAAAAUUCCCAGCUAAAGAUGUAACCCCCAGAAGACAUGUAGCUACUAUCUUCCCUCAAAGUGGAAGCAGAUCUGGCUUUGACCAUUUGUCUCUUGGCACAGUGGAGUGCAACCCACUGUUCCCUGAGCCUACUCCAAAAUCUGCAGAGUCCAUUGGCGAAAGCAGGUUGAGUGAGGAUGGAAAGCAUGUGAAAAAAUCCGAGAACCUUCUCCCCAUUACUGUACUACCCAACAGAGGACCUUCUACACACGUCAGCAACCAGAAGUCUAACAGCAUUUCACAACGACAUCAGAAUGAGUUUAAAAAUGUCUCAGAAUCACCAUCAAAGCAUGAGAAUUCUAAAGACGUCACAGCAGCUGAGAAUUUAGAAAGAGAAUCAGGAGCCCCAUCCCCCAUCACAUUCACCAGCCUCAGGGAAGCAGAAUUCUCUGACAAUCAGAGGAGGCUGAGCCCUCCUUUUCCACCGGAGCCUGCACAGAAAUCUAGAGUAAGCAUUCCACUGGCCAGUUUUCUGCAGCAACAAAGGAGUGCUUCAUCUCUGGAGUGGGAACCUGAGCCACACCUCUAUCGUUCAAAGAGUUUAAAAAGCAUUAAUGUUCAUGGCGAUCUACUACGAAAAAGCCAUCCUCCAAAAGUCAGGGAGCGCCAUUUUUCUGAAAGCACUUCUAUUGACAAUGCCCUGAGUCAACUGACCCUUGGGAAUGAAUUCUCUGUCAACACUGGGUACAGUCGAAGAUUCAGAUCUUUUUCUGAACUCCCCUCCUGCGAUGGAAAUGAAAGUUGGGCUUAUCGCAGCAGGACAAAAACAGGUCCCAGGUCUGCAACAUCUAUAUACAGACCUAUUGACUACGGGAUCUUUGGGAAAGAACAACAGUUAGCUUUCUUAGAAAAUGUAAAGAGGUCACUUACACAAGGAAGAUUAUGGAAACCAAGUUUUCUUAAGAACCCUGGCUUCCUAAAAGAUGAUUUGAGGAACCCUCCCAACCCCUCAGAGUCAUUAAGCUCAAAUUCUCCCAGUCGUCAGGUGCCAGAAGAUGGCUUAUCUCCAAGUGAACCGCUUAAUAUCUAUGAGGAAGACCCAGUGGACUCAGAUUGUGACACAGACACAACCACAGAUGAUGAAUACUAUCUGGAUGAAAAUGACAAAGAGUCAGAACUGUGAGGCUUUUUCAAUAAAAUGCUUUACCUUUUUCACCAAAAGCUUAAAAUGGAAUUAAGGUGUACGUGUGCAUGUGCAUGUGAGGAUAAAAGAUCUACUCUGGGCAAUGUCUGCUCUGAAAUGUCCCACAUCUCCUUUUUUUUCCUCCACACCCUAUAUAGACACUUUCUGAAUGCUAGAACAAUGAAUUCUUCUUUUGAGAGAGUCUCUGCUAUUUUCUAUCUCUGUAAAUGUUCUUAGCCUGCCUUUCCACCACUCCCACUUAAUCCCUGGUUCACUGUCUGAUUUGGGCUUUCUGCUUUACUUCCCUCCCAACAUUUUUCAUCUUUAAUUGUGAUUUACAACCCUAAUAUCCCAGGCACAUACAAAACUUAUGAAUUACCCAGCACAACUGUGAAACUCUGUAUUGCUUCUUCCGGUCCACACCCUAUACUCAUGACAUUAAGUAAAAGGUAGGGAUGAUAACAGUGGGGUAAAUAUUAUCAUCCUGUUUGACUCAUGAACAAUUAGGAAGUUUAAGGUGGUGAUCUUCUCUUUCAAACAAAGAUAAAGCAAUUUUUUUUAACCUGAGAAACUGAUUGCAAAAAGGAAAAAAAAAAAAGAUAAAGGAAUUUUCUAAGUACAUCCUGUUAUAUCCGUAGUGGAGCCUGGGAGGCACAUGGUCAAAGCACAUGUUGAGGUUAUAGAUUAGAACCUGAAUCCCUAGUAAGCCAAUAGAAGGUUAGCACUCCUAGAAAUUCCUCUGAAACGGUGGGGGACUGGCUGGAUUAUUAAGGGCUUUUAGUCAAGCCAAGGACUUAGGCCAAGCAACCUGACCAUACAGAAAGUUGCCUGGUCACAGAAUUUCUGCUUAUGAAGAGAACAUAGCUGAGGAGCAGAGAUAGGAAGUAUGUAUCCCUUCAUGGGACUGACUUACCUUUACUGCAGUUCUCUCAGCAACUGGCUUUUCCCAUUUCCUCAGAACUAUCCAUUUUCACAUUUUCUUUUUUUUUUUUUUUUUUGUUUGGUUUGGUUUUGUUUUUGUUUUUUGGAGACAGAGUCUUGCUCUGUCACCCAGGCUGCAGUGCAGUGGCAUGAUCUGGGCUCUCUGCAACCUCUGCCUCCCGGGUUCAAGCGAUUCUCCUGCCUCAGCCUCCAGAGUAGCUGGGAUCACAGGUGCACCCAGGUGCACGCUGCCACGCCCAGCUAAUAUUUUUGUAUUUUAAUACAGAUGGGAUUUCACCGUGUUGCCCAGGCUGGUCUUGAACUCCUGAGCUCAGGCAAUCUGCCCACCUCAGCCUCCCAAAGUGCUAGGAUUAAAGGCGUGAGCCACCAUGCCCAGUCUUUUUUGUUUUUUGUUUCUGUUUUUGUUUGAGAUGGAGUCUUGUUCUUGUUGCUCAGGCUAGAGUGCAAUGGCUUGAUCUCGGCUCACAGCAACCGCCUCCUCCCAAGUUCAAGCAAUUCACCUGCCUCAGCCUCCCAAGUAGCUGGGACUACAGGCACCCACCACCACACCUGGCUAAUUUUUUUUUUUCCUUUUUUUUUUGGUAUUUUUAGUAGAGUUGGAGUUUCACCAGGUUGGCCAGGCUGGUCUCAAGCUCCUGACCUCAGGUGAUCUGCCCACCUCGGCCUCCCAAACUGCUGGGAUUACAGGCAUGAGCCACCGUGCCUGGCACACAUUUUCUUUAAUUGCAAGGUAGAACACUUCUUUUCAGGUGGGACAUUUUAGUCCCAAAUAUCAAGUGGGAACCUUGGCCAAGUCCCUAAAAUGCCAUCAAGUCAGAUCUGACACCCUGGAAUUCAUUCUUUGCUGCAGGAUCAUCUACCAAACCCUUGGGAAAUUCUAAGGCUGAACUCCUAAGGGCUUGUCACUAUGAUUCAAUGAUUUAUCUAGAGUAAAUCACUUAUGAUACCCACUGAUAUUUUGGCUUUCCUAACUCUUUAUUUGCCAUGCAGAACUUCAGGGGAUUUCUCUCCUAAUUCAGGAUAAAGACCAAUAGACGGCAGUGAAGAUAAUCUGCUUUAACUACAGACAGCAUGGAUUCCUGGAUCUCAAUACUAUGGUAGUCAACAUGAAUGGAUUUUAUCUUGUUUGGUUUAUAUUUGCUUUGUGACCUAAUCUAAUUUUCCAUUUUUUAUACCUAGUCUGUUUCAUCAUUAUAAACUAAGAAUAAUGAUGGGUGUUGGUGAAGUGUAUAGAGAUCCGGAACUGAUAGAGAUUUAAGAAAGAACUAUGUUAUUAUUAUCCUUCUAAUCAUUCCCUUACCUAGAUGCAAAAUGCCUGGGUUACUUUACGUGGUUCCCAUGUAACUCAAAGCUAAUGAACAUGAGGUAACUAACAUGAAAGCUAUUCCCUAAAUCUGUCAACUAUUUUAAACUUCAAGCUCUGACCAAGCCUGAGCUCAAAAAGCUCAAAAAUCAAAUAUUGUGAACUUUUCAGUGCAAAUUUGUAUGGUAAAGAAUAAAUGACACUAUUUCUUGUUUAAUAUAUGUUUGUAAAUUCUGCCUUUCCUCUUUUUCUAUUUAUCUGAUUAUUAUGAUUAUGAUUAUGAUUAUUAUUUUCUUUGAGACAGUGUCUCACUCUGUCACCCAGGCUGGAGUGCAAUGGCGCAAUCUCGGCCCACUGCAACCUCCGCCUCCCAGGUUCAAGCGAUUCUCCUGCCUCAGCUUCCCGAGUAGCUGGGAUUACAGGCACCCGCCACCACGCCCAGCUAAUUUUUGUAUUUUUAGUAGAGACGGGGUUUCACCAUGUUGGCCAGGCUGGUUUCAAACUCCGACCUCAGGUGAUCCGCCUGCCUCAGCCUCCCAAACUGCUGGGAUUAUAGCCAUGAGCCACCUCACCAGCCCUAUUUAUCUGAUUAUUCAAGUAAAACUUUAAUAAACCAAGACCUACAUUUUCUAUGCAAUUUUAAGAUACUCAGAGUUAAUAUUUUAAUAUUGAGGUUCUUGAUUUUUUUAAUGAUCAGCUUUCAAAUUAUAUUUCAGUAUAUACUCUGAGUCUACGUGUAUGCUACAAAAGGUGAAAUGAAGUUAGCUUAUUUUUCAGUGAGUUUAGGCUAUAUUAAGAGUUAGGUAAGUUAGGUAAGGGUGAAAUUGCUUUGGGGCCCAGACUGCGCUGGAAUGUACUGUUUAAAUUCAAAGGUAAUUGAUGGCCAGUGUUCAGUUGCUCUAUUUGUAACAUUUGCAUGUUGGUCUGGCUGAAGUAUCAGGAAAACACAAAAUUCAUGAAAAUAGCACCUUUUAUAAUUUUAUACUUUUAUAAAGCACUUGUUAAAGAAGUAUAGCAAAUUUCUAUGUAUUUUAACAUAUAAGUUGCUGCAUUUUAAUGUUCAUUUUUGGUAUAGCUAUGGUAACUUAUAAUAGUCAUUUUUAUAUUCAUAACUUGUUUUCUGAAAGAUGUAGUCAUUAUUAAAAUAAACAUUCGUGUAAAUAGAGUAAAUCAUAGGGGAAUCAAUCCUAAUAAAUACCUUAUAAGUUAUAAACUUGUUUAGAUACUAGAUUUCUAUAACCAUAAAUUUUAUACUGUAAAGUCCAUUUAAAAUAGGGUUUAAUGAAAUUAUUUUAAUUUUUAGGGACUCCCCUCUAAAUAAUUUACUCCUACAUUGUAAAUACAUUGAUGCCAACAAAAUUCCAACUGCUACUAACAAAGGUUUGGUUGGUGAUAAGCUAAUAAAAGCUACUUUGUGUAGGAGGUAAAUAUGUGUACUGGAGGGGGUAAAAAUCCAUUUAGGUUAUGGCAAAGAUGGGAAUCAAACUGGAAAACUCAUAGCCCCAUAAAAUUAAUAUUCUUUGUUAUGUGCCACAGGGUUUAAGAGAACUUCUUGCUAAGAGUUUAUUGAUAAUAAUAAUGCUUCAGAAUAUCCCAUUUAAAUGUACAGUGUAAAUAUGUAAAAUAUUUUACUUCCCAGGCAAGUUUGUGAAUCUAUUGCCACUUAGUGGCUCUUUGUGACUGGCAGUUCUGUAUAUCUGAAACAAAUAAGCUGUAAGCACUUUUGUUAAAACUUUGUCAAAUAAUUCUUUUAUGUACUUGUUCUCAGACCUGUUCUCUGGGUAUGAAAUGUGUUAAAGACAAGAUGCAAAUUUAAAACAAUGCCUGUAUUUAAAUAAAUGAUUUAAACAGAU